AUGGUGACCACAUCCAUGCCAUCCUCGUCAUCAUUAGCAGCGGCAGCAGCGUACACACGACAGGAGGGCGAGGCAUGGAAUGUGGUGGAUGUUUUUUGCCUUGGUAGUCACUCUGUAUGGUUUAUGAUCAGCGAUGCGAGCCGCGCAACAGCCAACAAAGCCACGUCACGACGGCCGAGCUGCAUCUCCUUUCCAGAGGAAAGGGCGACCCAAGAUGCGGCAACGGAGGGUUCUUUUUCCCUCCUGAGGGAGUUGCAGCGAGUCGCCCGUGUGGUGACGGUUAGCGGGGCUGAUGCGGCAAAGCCACAUGAGGAGUGCCCUUGCUGCUCUGGGAAACGUGAAGGCGUCGCUGCCGUGUCGACGUUGCUCGUUCAAGGCCUACAUGUCGUUCUGUUUUUUGUCAUGGAGUGUAAUUGCCUGGCGUUUGCCUCCUUCGCCCUCAACUCUUUUCCGGGGACGAAUGAUGCGAGCCACUGCGCAGGGAAGGCCCAGUUAUUGGCGGUGCGGUGGUGUUCUGGGGAGGUGCAGGCGAAUGCGGCUCCUCACACUCUCCCACGCCAAAUCAGCGUCUCGGUGAGUGCCAUUUUAGAGGCGUGUAAAGCUGACUCCUCUUCCCUCACCAACACCACCACCAACACCGUUGCUUAUCCCUUGCGUUCGUCUUCACCCUCGCCGCAGCAGGGCCAACGCGGCUGGAAAAGUGUCUCGACCCGUCUUUCGCGUAACACCUCCUCGUGUUUUGUCCUGCGCCUUGUGUUUGCGCGUGUGGUGGGCUGGAUGGAGUAUGUGGAGCUCGCCUGGCAGGAGGACGUGGGGGGCGGCGCCCCGUCGCCCUGGCGGACGCUCCACGGGUUUUGCCAGCUCACAGUGGGGUCGUUGCAUUUGGGGAGGAUGGGCGGGGUGCCAGGGGAGGUACGGGCCGUAACUUGGAUGUCGUGUUCGCGCGACUACGAGCAGCUGUACCCGUUGCUCGCCGUUCUGCACCAGAGCGCCCCCGUGACUGGGGAUCCCUUUCUUGACCGUCUCUCUGUUUGCAUGCUCUCCGCACGGCGACGGCCAAAGACGCCAAGAGGCAGUGGCGAUGACAGCUGGGUGGCUCGCCUGGAGACACUGCACGGGGCCCUUGUGGAAGGUCCGUGGUGCCUGGAAGCGCUCACGCUUGCACACCCUUCCUUCCUUCUGCAUGCCGCUCCCGUAGAGGGAGAUAACAGGGGAGGCGGCAAAGAAGUUUUAGGCAUAUUUCUCCGAGCGGCCCAUGUUAUGUAUCCCAUGAGCGCGCUCCUGCGUGAAGAGAGUGCCCAUGCCGCGUGGGAGCCUUUGGCUGGGGCGGCAGCACGCAAUCCGACGAAGUCAGACGAAAUGUAUUUCGCGCUUUUUGCAGAAGAGGGUGAGGUGGCGCGUUGUCCGGUUGGCGGCUUUAUUGAAAGCGCUGUCGCGUGUCCGAUGACGACCUCCGAGCCCCGGCGCGUGAGUAGCGCCGCGGGAGGAAAGGGGCGCGUCGUUGCUCUUGUCUUGGCAAUGCGGAGUGCAGGCGACGUUCUUCUUCUGGAGGUCGGGACGACGUCUGCUGCUGCCGCUGCUGCUGUCAGCGCUGCUGGUGGACGAGGCCUCCGAAGGGAGACAAAUGAGAAGGAUGUGGUGAAGAUGACCAUUGUGCACUGUCGCAGGGUUUCCGCAUGGGAUUCCGAGGUGCCACGCCUCCUGCGGCACCUUCACCGGUUUGUUGCUCUUCACUGGGACGACGCGAAGGGCACAGCGUUUCUGCUCGCGGCUCACCAGGAUGACAAGACCCAGCAGGUGGAUUGCAGUUUAUUGAUGGCAGAGUUGGUGCCGCAGGGAAGAGAGACGCUACAGUUCACGUGGUUUGGCGCCUGUAACGGUUCCAUAGUGAAAGCAGGAAUUAAUUCCCGCGGGUUUCCGUUACGUGUGGGUUUGUUGCCGCUGGUGCAACCGCCGAGUGCUGUUGAUGUGGCGUACAACCUUGGAAGCGUCCCGCAUGCCCCGCUGCAUGCACUCUGCCGUUGCGCCAUUCUGCAGGAUGAGGCGGCGGAUUCGUGUCUUGGCGAGGUUGUCGUCUUUCGCUCCGGAGACAUUUGUCUCGUGCGCCGCAGCACGCCCCGUGAUGCACACUGGAGGUGCAACGACACCACUGUCUUCUGCACACGACUUUCAAAAGUGCAAUGGCCGCAUCCAGAGGACACGGUGCAGGUGGACGCCUUGAUCCUGCUUUUUUCCUCUGGCUCAGCUGACAUCUGCAUGGCGUCCUUCUGGAGCACGGAUGCUGGGACGACGCCGAGCCUCGCUGAGGUGGGCGGUGCAACUUGGCUACAUGCGCUUCUGUUGCUGCUUGUGUGUCGAGGCACUGUAAUUCUCAUGACGGCGGAGGGGCACGUGCUAUGUGUGGGUGAUGCGCAUCCUCCUUUGCCUGCGACGCAUGUCGGCCACAACACAAAUCCGGUGGAAAUGAACUCAAUGGGGAGUAUGGAUGAUGAGAGCCCCUCACUGCUUCCGUGCAUGAUCCGUUUGUUUGCAUCUGUUGCACGAAAUUAUUUUUUCGUUCUCUCAACCGGCGUGGCGUCGCUUCCUGCAAGAGGCGACGGCUACCGUGAGUGCUUCUUUCUGCUUCUGCACGUGGCCUGUGGUAUGGGCCAAGAGGAGGGAGUUGGUGCUGUGUCCUCGGCGACGGUGCGAGUCGUGGAUAUUCUUCGCGUGGGCAGUGACGGACACCCGUUGUUUGACUUUCUUCCAGCCGGGCGCCCUGACACUUGUGCGAAAAUGGCAGCGGUGAACAAGGGAGCAGCAACGCAGGAUAAGUUUGUCUUUGCUCGUGAGAUGAUGUACUUUGCGGGGGCGACGGUGCACACGGUGCCGUGCGUGCUCAGCUGCCGCGUCUCCGCACGGGGUUCACAAGCGAAAGCGGAGUUUGAGACACCGCCACUUAACACGCACCGUGCGGGAUUGAACCUGCAGAAGCUUAUCAAGGAAGAAAAUAAGGCGACAACGCGGCUUGUGGAGCCCACUUUGUUACAGUGCGUGCCUCACCCCCUGGGGAAAGACACAAGCACGAUGUGCGCCGUGGUUGUGAUUUCCUUUUUGCACGGCUCCACCUUGCUGGCUGUCGUCGGCCGCGGUGGUGCCUCCGGUCGACGGUGGCACUGUCAGCUGCUCCCAGCGACUGCAAUGGCGACAGCGGAGGUGGGGGUGCCGUUUGUGCGACUCGUGUCACGGGCGGUGUCGCGUGGCGGCGGCGGCGGUGGCCCAAUAUGUUGGCUGCAGGACGCUGCGGGCCACUGGCACUCCCUCAGUUGUCGGGACACGGACGGUCCGAAGGGUGACGCUUGCGAGGCCAAGACGAGUCUCUUGCUUUCGGUGGGCAGCUUGCCGAAAGCCACGCAGGGCGCGUUGGAGUCGCCGCCUUGUGCGUCGGGGGAGGACGGCAUUGGGGAGGUGACUGCGGCGUGGGACGAAAGUGACCGGAUGUUCACGCUGGCACCGUGCUGCUAA